AUGUGCACGUGGGAGUGCACACGCGUGUGCGUGGGAGUGCACGGUGGGGCUGAGUGGGCGGUACCUCGGGGCCUCCGAGGGCCCGCGUGUGCCGCGCUCUCCCGGGCGCGUGGCCUGGCUGGGCGGGCAGCCGCCUGCCUCCUUGGGACCAGCCGGCCAUCGGCUCGGGCCGCCCCUCGCUCGCCAGCAGCAGGUCUGGACGAGGGUCUGAGGAGCGGCCCACCCCCGGCGCUCACCGCCGUCUUCUCUGGGUCGGCGUCGUCCUCGGGAACUGCCCGGCCUGCAGGGCCUCCCCUGGCCGCGGGGCCGGCUGAGCCGGGCGGCGGCACAAUCCCCGCACAGGCGAGCUGCUGGAAGUCCCAGGUGCCUCGGGACUCGUGGGCUCCCCACUGGCCGGCCACUCUGUCCGACGCCCUCCCACUGCCCACUGCCAGCCUGGCCUCUGAGAAGGACCGACCUCCCCCCGACAGACCCGUGGCCGCUGAUGGGGCCCCCAAACACCCGCAGCCCUCGUUCCAUGUGCCGCCGUGGGCCGUGGCAGCAUCUGAGGGGCUCGCGGGAGGACCGCGGGAGGAGGAGUCUCUGGGCGCUGUCGCCAAACAGACGUGUGAGGCAGCGGCGUCCUGCGGCCCUGGGUGUGGAUCCUGGAGCCCCAUUGGGGCAGCCUCCUCCCCACCCCCGCCGGCUCCGCCCUCGCCCUCAGCCGCCCGGCCGGGCAGACUCUCCUCUGGCUCGGUGCGCACAGGAGCCGCCGCCGCCUGCGCAGGGAGCCGGGGUGCAGGGAGUGUCCCAAGAACCAAUGAGGUUCCCUGUCUCCCUGUGCUGCCUGCCAUGCUGUCCUUGACCUUCCUCCUCCUGGUUACCAGGAUGCUCUGGCCCAUCCUCCCGGCCACCACCCUGAGUGCUCAGGAUGGAAGAGCUGGGGACCUUCCUUGUGGAGAGGAGUGUGCCGACUGCGCACUCCUGGCCCAGGAGCUGGAGACGCCGAGGCGGGCCCCAGGGGACACGGAGGCAGCCUUGCACAGGGCCACCACUUCCCAACACUCAGACUGGGACAACCCCUCCUGCACCGAAGGCGUGGUUUCCGUGUCGAGGGGUGAGCGGGCCGUGAUGUCCUGCAACAUCUCCAACCCCUUCUUGGGCGUCACCGUCUACCUGAUUGCCCUUGGGGAGAAUUCCCAGCCCCUCUUCAGGGUGACGCCCCCAGGCUGCUUCUGCCAGGGUGAGUGGCAGCUGCAGGUCCGCGGAGGUGUGGCACAGCUGGUGAUUCCGAAGGCGAGCGACGCCCAGGCUGGGUGUUACAAGUGGCAUCUCCAAGGUCUGCAGAGGAAUAUUAAAGUCACCACAUUGAACGUUUUAGCAUCAGGCGCAGAGGCCCAGGACCUGAACCAGACAGGAGUCCUACCCCUCACCUCUUCCUGCGGCCCGCAGAUGCCGUGCCCGGGGUGGGCCGAACGCCAGUUCCAGGUGGUGCUCGUGGUCACCGGUGUCAGUGUCGCCCUUGCCAUCCUGGUGGUCACCGUGUUAGCCUGGCGCCGACGGCACAGUCCCCUGUACUUGAAGCCCCCAGGGGUCUGAGGCCACCGGCACCGAAACUCACCCCCCAGCAACGGAGCCCCGCGUGUCCCACACCCAUCUGGUUGACAGAAGCCCGUGCACCUCACAGAGGUGGCAGACAGGCGCAGGCCCCCGUCCCUGUCUGCUGGCCCAGGACACCUGCUCGGCCCUACGGCCCAGGGGCCAGCUCCCUUCCCCGGGCGGAGGGUGGCCCCAGGUCGCUUCUCUGGCUCCCCACCCCAGCCGCAGGCUCUUCUCCACCUGGGCCCCCGGCAGCUCUCUGGGCUCCCCGACUCUGUGGUCAAAGAUGGGAAAAAUCUCAAGCUCUAAAACAUUCGACCUCAGAGGACCUCUCCCUCCUCUGCCCCAUCAGUGCCGGUGGGGUGGGGUUGGCGGUGUACUUCCGGCCUCGGGUGCACAAGGGGCUGCUGUAGCCUCGGAGGCACCCCGCUUUGGGUCUCAGGUUGAUCUUGGGCACACCCCUGUCUUUGACCAGGAGCAAGAACAGCUUUGGGGGACAGUCCUGCCGGCAGUCCUGGGGUCAAGCUGAGGGCAUAGAGGCCUGAGGUGGGGAGCCAGCCCCGCCUCCACCACUAGGGGGCUCGCCAGUGGGGGCUGGCGACAGGUGACGGCUCUGCCGUGACACAUGGCUCCCCCCUUCUCUCCCCACCAGCCACAGGGCCCCUCCCCCACCGCCCCUCUGCUGACCCUUCCCCACCCCAAACCCCUUUAUGUCAGAUGUCUUUCUAAUCACAACUGUAUGACUCCAUUCAGUGUGUUCUUAAGAGGGACAUACAGGCUUUUUCUAAAGUACACGUUCAGUGCUUUGGAAAACACCCAUAACACCAAUCCUUAAGAUGAAUAAAACAAACCAAUCGAGAAACCAUGAAA